AUGUCAGCACGGCCCCGUGCUGCUGGCACUCACGCCCCCCCCCUGCUCCUCUCCCCCCUGCUCCUCGCCCCCUGCUCCUGCGGCUUGUCCAGGGCGCGCUGGGUCCCUCCGGGCCCCCGGAGCUGGGAGCCGAGGGGCCGCAGGGCUCAGCCAGGGCUCAGCCAGAGCCGCGGGACGCCACAGCCCAGAGUCUUCGCCCUCAUCGUGUUCGCCUGCCUGGUCGGGGAGGGCUACACCAACCUGUCCACCUCCUCCAAUCUCUUCUGCAUCUUCAACCACAACGAGGACGCCUGCCGCUACGGCAUCGGCAUCGGCGUCCUCGCCUUCCUGGCCUGCAUCUUCUUCUUCAUGGUGGACAUCUACUUCCCCCAGAUCAGCAACGCCACCGACCGCAAGUACCUGGUGCUGGCAGACCUCGGCUUCUCGGGCCUCUGGACGUUCCUCUGGUUCGUUGGCUUUUGCUUUUUGACCAACCAGUGGGCCUCGACGCAGGCUAAGGAUGUGCAAAUCGGCGCUGACUCGGCCCGUGCCGUUAUCACCUUCAGCUUCUUCUCCAUCUUCUCGUGGGGCCUCCUGAUCGCCUUUGCUUAUAAGCGAUACAAGAUGGGGGUGGAGGACUUUGCUCACAGCUACGUCGACCCCACGCCAGAGGUUUCGACUCCCUACUCCAGUUACCCCAACAUCAGCCACGACAGCUACCAGCAGCCGCCCUUCACCCAGACCGCGGAAGCCACGGAGGGCUACCAGCCGCCGCCGGUGUAUUGAGCCCUGGGCCGGGCAGUCUGGCGGGGACGGCUGUACAAGUGCAAUUUUCUCUUGUGGGGUGGGAAGGAAGGGACCUGUAACUUGAACGGGGAAGGGGGCAGGAGGCUGGCAGCUGCUUUGCGUGGAAGCCACCAGGCUUUGGUGCUGGGGCAGAGGAGAGGGUCUGGUGCUUGUGGAGCUCAGCUCCCCGCCGUGCAGCGGUGAUGGGCGAGUGCCGAGCAGGACCCGCUGUGCGCAGCGAGCUCCUCGGGUGGGUUUGGUGCGCGGGGGCCGGCUGAGCUGCAGCCCUGCUGGUGCCCCUCUGGGGAAGCAGCUGUGGGAGGAAGCGGUGGCGAGCACGGCCUGUGCCCCUCCUGGCACUGCCGGCUGCAGUCCUUCAAGUGCCUCCUUUCACUGCUGUCAUGAGCGUUACGUCCCUAGCGCAGCCGUGUGGCACAGUUCAGCUCCUGCCUGCCACUGGGUUCGUGUGCCUUCCUCCCCUCCCUCGGCUGCUGCCAGCUGAGCUUGAUGCCAAAGUCCCAUCUUCUGAAUAUGCCCCCUUGUGCUGUGCCUUCCCCAGAGCCCGCACGAGAGCAGCUGGUGCUCAGAU